AUGUGUGAGGCCAUCCCAACGGCGAGACACCGAGGGGACUCAAAAACCCAAACCAUGGCUCUUAUUGGAGCGACUCCUGGUGCAGCCCCCCCCCCCCCCCUCCCGGUGCAGCCCCCCCCCCCCCCCCCCCUCCCGGUGCUGCCGGGGCCUCAUGCUGAUUCCUCUUCCCUUUCAGGAGCUCCGUUCCAGGCUGUGGUUCCCCCCCCUCCGCCCCCUCCUCCCCCACCCCCCCCGCCCCCUCCCUCCUCUGCUCCCGCCCCCCCGACCAUCCCCGGGGCAGCCCCCCCCCCUCCCCCUCCGCCUCCCCCCCCUCCCCCUCCCCCCGCCCCACUCACGGGUGCCAGCGCCGCGGCGCAGCCUGCACCGCGCUCAGGGCCCGUGGCGCCCAGCGGGGGGGCGCAGCCGUCCAACGGGCGCGCCAACCUGCUGGAGUCCAUCCGCAACGCCGGCGGCAUCGGCAAAGCCGCGCUGCGCGACGUCAAAGACCGCAAGAUGGAGAAGAGGAAGCAGAAGGAGCAGGAGCAAGGAGCAGCAGCCGGUGGAGGAGACUUCAUGUCUGAUCUCUUCAACAAGCUGUCCAUGCGCAGGAAAGGUAUAUCCGGUAAGGGUCCGGCCGGCGGAGAGGCGGUCAAUUCAUCUCUCGGCCCCAGCGGGGCAUUCGCUCGAAUGUCUGAUGUCAUACCCCCACUUCCCGCCCCUCAGCCAAUCCAAGAGGACGAUGAGGACUGGGAGGCAUAGCCGUGAUGGACAGCGUCCACCAGCCAAUCCCAGAGGACGAUGAGGGCUGGGAGGCGUGGCCGUGAUGGACAGCGUCCACCAGCCAAUCCCAGAGGACGAUGAGGGCUGGGAGGCGUGGCCGUGGUGGACGGCGUCCUAUCAGCGUUCACUGACUGACUAGCUCCCGGUGUAACGGACUAGAGAUCCGCCGGCAGAUGUAGAUAGAGUUGUGGUCUCGGAGGGAAUAGAGAUUAAUGACUGAAAUGCCUUUUCGUUCCGAUGCCUAUUUCGGUGUACAUUGUUGUGAUGGUGAACAGUGAAACUUAACAGUGCUAAGUUACAUCCCAUGGCAAUGGAAACAGUCACGGAUGAGUGACGGUGUAAUGGAGAUAAUUGUAUAAAAAGUGGUAUAUUUCCAUAAGAGAUUUAUUGAAAUGCAGUAAAACACAUUUUCCAUUGAAUAAAGUGAUUUUAAAUAUU